AUGCCCAAACGCAAGGCGACCUCAGCUGAUCUCAGCCGCGUUGCCCCACCCUCCUUAUCUUCCCUGGACGCCGCUCUCGAUCUUCUGGCUCACGAAACGUUCGACCGCCUCCAGACACUCACCUCUAAAUUCGAGGCAGCGGCCGGUGUAAAGCUUAACGAUGGGGUGGUAAAGGCUAGGUGGGAGGAGGCUGUGAAGCGCUAUUGGGUCAUGAAGAGCAUGGACGAUCUGUGCUGUAGCGUGAACGGUACCGGUCCCGGAGUGACAUUAGAAGACAGCCCAGGCAGCGAUGACGCGAUGAGGGACGACAGUGCAAGCGUUUCCGCCGCGGCCAGCACAUCCGAGUCAGACGGUGACGAGGAACAGCAGUGGCGCAAAUGGGCGCCAAAACUUAACGAUGUCGUUCUUGUCGAACUGCAGAAGGGUGGUAUCUGGCCGGGAAAGCGUGUAUUUCUCCAAGGUCGACAGUCUGUACCGAGGGGAAACCACUUCUUCCCCGUCCGCAUCUACAACGAGGAGAUAGAACCAACCCUGACGGUGAAGUCGAGGAUGAUACCUUUCCAUCUGCGAUCAUCCGCACCACUGAUGGCUUCGGAAGCACUACUCGGAGCCUACAAUCAUGCUGCAAAUCCUGGCCCGUUCGACAUUGCUGCUGGUAACAGAGAAUCGGCAGCAGCAUAUUCUCGUACACACCCAGGGGUAAACCUGGACGAAGAGACCACAGAGCGCGUUCAGAAACAAAAGGAGAGUUGGAAGGCCUUCGUGAACUGGCUAAUGGACGAAAGACGUCUAGAAAAGCUCCGCACCCUGUGUGAGGAGCGCGAUAAACGUCUCAAAGAAGUUGCCAACCAGUCCGUCAUCGACCUAGGGGGUUUCAACACUCUCGAUGGGGAAGAGCGGCCCUGUAGUCCUCGUAAACGUCAAGUGACAUGCUCUAUGCCGCCCUUCACCUACUCUUCGACUUCCACGAGAACGGUGCAGAAGAUUGAGAGCGAUGUGACCGAGCGAGGUGGAAUCUUCCGAGUCAAGUCGAUCGCCUCGAGCUCGGCGUCUUCGCCAUAUACGGGGCCGUCUCAAUCAUCGCCCGGCUCCAGUCCUCGAGUAAUGUCUCCGAUGGCAUCGUACAUCCGGCCGGCCCUCUCCAUUCCCUACCGCUCCGGCUCCCCGCGGAGGGCGGAUCGCCGACGCAAUAUCGCUUUUUCAAGCGCGGGCGAGUCAAGUCCGCGUCGUCGGAGCGGGACCUUUACCCCUCCUCGAGGAUCGCCAUCCAACGACGAGCCAGCACCGUUUGCUUCACCGAGCCCCGCUCCUACUCUAAGGAGCUUCGGGUUCAAGUUCGGUAAGCAGAUGACCGAGGAGGAGGAUGACCAGAUGAAUGGAAGAGGCCUUGGACCUGUGACCGCUCUCGAAGCGGUAUUGGAGGAACGUGAAGAGGAGGAAGGUUGGACCGUAGUUGCUGGACGCGGCCGUCACAAGCGUAGUGGUUCUGCACCACUGAAUAGGCCCAAAGAGCAGCCGCCCGAACCAUCAGCCACCGCAAGCGACGAUAUGAACCUUUAA